CUUUGCUUUGCUUUAGUAGCUUUGGCUUCGACGACUGUUGCUUUACCUGUAAUUUUCAUUAAAAACAUAAGCAACAUCUCAAUGAACGUUUUUUACGGUCUGUGGCUAAUAAUCAUGAGCCACUCUUCAGUUCUAUCCAGCCUCUGGACUGAUAUCAACCAGCAAAGAUGCUGUUUAAAGAUCUCCCCAGGGAGGCCCUGAUGCGGCCGUUGUCCAGAAAUGAAGUGGUAGGCAUGCUGGUGAAGUUGACCAUCUUUGGUGCAGCUACAUACUACAGCAUCAAAUGGGUUGUAGAAGCUAUGGACCCUACCUCCAAACAGAAAAGCCAAGCCAAAAAAAGGGCAGAGCAGCUGAUGAAGAAGAUUGGUGUCGAAGGGGUCAAGCUAACAGAGUAUGAGAUGAACAUUGCAUCUCAACUAGUUGAUCCACAGACUAUGAAGGUGUCCUGGUGUGAUAUAGCAGGUCUGGAUGAGGUUAUCAAUGAGCUGCAAGACACUGUCAUCCUGCCCUUUCAGAAAAGGCAUCUAUUAGCUGGAUCUAAACUCUUUCAGCCCCCUAAAGGUGUUUUGUUGUUUGGUCCUCCAGGAUGUGGAAAGACUAUGAUCGCCAAGGCAACAGCAAAAGCCUCUGGCUGCAAGUUUAUCAACCUUCAGGCCUCCACACUGACAGAUAUGUGGUACGGUGAAUCACAGAAGUUGGCAGCUGCUGUCUUCUCACUGGCUGUCAAAAUCCAGCCCUGUAUCAUCUUUAUUGAUGAGAUUGAGUCAUUUCUGAGGAAUCGCUCCAGCCUGGAUCACGAGGCCACAGCCAUGAUGAAGGCCCAGUUCAUGAGCCUGUGGGAUGGCCUGGAUACGUCCCCAAGCACCCAGGUGAUGGUGAUGGGAGCUACAAACAGGCCACAGGACAUGGACCCAGCCAUUCUGCGCAGGAUGCCUGCCACUUUCCACGUUGGCCUGCCAAACACAAGACAAAGAGAGGACAUCUUGAGGCUGAUAUUAGCAGGAGAAAAUCUGAGUAAUGCCAUCAAUCUGAAAGAGAUUGCAGAGAAAACAGAAGGUUACUCUGGCAGCGACCUGCGGGAGCUUUGUCGUGAUGCCGCCAUGUACAGAGUCCGGGACUACGUCCGCAAGGAACAGAUGAGGCAAAUCGCUCAGCAGUUACAGGGCUGCCAGGAGGAGGAGAAACCUGUGGAUGAGGAGCGUUUACGACCAGUUACCCAGCUGGACCUGCUCUUCGGCCUGGAUAAGAUGAUGGAAUCUAAGCGGGCCACAGUCUCUGCAUUACCCAGCAUGCCAGAGGUUCCCCUGGAUUAAACACAGACACUGCAUCGCUGACUGGACACAUUUGUCCUCGCUUUUGUUCACAGUGCAUUUCAACUCGCCAAGCAGAGACCCCUCCGACAGGUCAGAGGUGCAGUGGCAAAGCCAGCACACAGCUGUACUUGUCUUAAACUUUAUUUAUCCAGAAGAGGGUUGUUCUGAGUAUGCUUGUUUUCAGCACAGUCCUGUUACAUGUAUACAGUUGUAAUACAUACCACAGUCUCCCCCCACUGAGAGCACCAUGAAAGCAAUUUACAUCGAUUUACUUGCUCAACGGUGCCACAACAGUUUGUCUAGAAGAGGUGAGCGCAUUAUCAAUCUGUCUAAACUUACUCCCACUGUAAGGUUUCAUUUGCAACCACAGCACUGACUGGCACAUGGUCAAUUAGCAUUAGCGUCUUUGUUUUUUGCUUGAAUAACAGGGAUGUUAAAAAUGUCAGAUACUAUUUAAAAACCAAGUGCACCUCCAUCUCUUAGCUGUUGUGUUCUUACCCUGAGCCUGAUUAGAUGAAAACCUCAGUGACAGUUGUUUCCUCCUGCUUUCAGUGAUCCUUCACAAAGUUGAUCAGCACACUCUUGUUUUUUAAUAUUUCUUUGAUUGCAUCUUUGCUUUUUAAAGUGAGAGAGGUUGCUUUUAGCCAGCGUGAAGAAAACUGGAGUCAUGCAAAAUUCAUCAUAUAAUGAGUUACUGCUCCCAUGGAGUACAAAUUGAGAUUUUUUUUUCUUAAUUACAGUAAAUGUAAUAUGGUUUUAAUCGUGAAGUCAGCAUGGCUGUACAUGCCAUCAAGACACAAUACAGUAUGUAUGAGGAGAAGAGGAGUGAAGUCAGCCACAGGUGAAAUAUGACGCUCAGUAAAAUGGCUGCCAUACACUGAAAAUCUGUGACCACAGUCAUUGUGCACUGUAGCAGUACUAUGUCAAUUUUCAGCAUAAAAUCAUUCGCAAUAAAAGCUUGCCAUUGUUCUCAAGGUCCAAUAAUAAUGCAGCCGGAGCUCUCAGUUAAUACAUGUAGACAAAAGCAGAAAACAAAGCAAACAUUCAAGUGGAAACAGGGCCACCACUUAAACACUGCAACAGAAAUUUGGCUAUAAUGAUCUGAGCCAGAGACAGCAAUAAAACACACUAUCACAUCCUGUGUUCUCAACCAUCAUUGUCUUGCUACUAAAUUGCCGUAAAAACACACUUAAUGGGCAUCAUGCUGUGUGCUUGUAUGUAAAAGUGGAAGGAAAACGUGGGGUUUGAGUCAAGACCAGGGCUUUGAAUGCAAGGUUACCAAAUCUGUUGACUGGACUUCAUAUUGGUCUUAAGAAUGUUUUUUCAUCAGCAAAGAAAAUGACUGAUACAUCAUGUUACUAUGAUAUUUAUUUGUGAGUCCCCGUUGUUUUACUCUGAAUGGCUUUCACAUCUUGUUCCAGGAAUCAAUCAACGACUGACGAUGGCUUUCACUUGAACACACAUCAGGGUGCUUUAUUUUGGCUUUGAGGACUGCAUGACUUUAAAAUUGAAGUGAUUUUAAUCAGCUGUCAGUCUCAGGUUGUUGUGACAUGUUUUUUUUUCUGCCCCCACUUUCUAUAAAAACUCUUAUUAUAUGCCAUGCGGAGACAGAGCAGCAAUCUAUUGCAGGCCGUUCUCCCACGCAGUCUGAGCUAGUCAGGGUGGAUUAGUUCCCAACCUUGACCACACGGUGGCACUGUAACUUCACUGUUCUGGUACUAAAGAAGGUGAGAUAUGGACUGCUUUUAUGAGAGCGGUUGUGUGACAGUAAAACAGGGAACCCUGCAUACUGGAAUGUUUCUCCCUUAUUGAGUUAUUCAUUGAUAUUUAGAUGUCUCUUAAUCUUUAUUAGAGUACCUCGAGUGGUCAAAAUGUUGCCAUGAAAUGUUGCUGAAAAAGCCAAUAAUUGUAUGAGUGCAGCUUGCAGGUUUUAGUUACCUUUCUCGGAGAAAGGCACAGUUGCACCUGUGUAAAUGCUCUACUUCAAUGCAGUAUCACUUAUCAGGUCAAUCAUCAGUUAUGUGGCAAAGACUAACUCUGUGAAUGCAGUUGGUCUAAGUUAUACCAUCAACUACGUGUAUAUGUUGAAUAUAAAAUGUUAAACGUGUACUGUGGAAUGUAUUUAUUAAAUAACUGAAAGAAAUAAAUGU